AUGGAAUUAAAAAAGUCUAUUUCGGACAGUGAGCGUUCACUGAAAAGCUACGGCGCCAUACAAGAGACAGAAUGGAAAACGGACAAAGGUGAGGACCAGCUGGAUGUGUCCAUGGCAGAGAGCACCAUGUCUCCGGACGAGAUCGAAGUCGAGAUGGCGCGGAUUCAGCGCCUGAGGGAGGUUCUGGUACGUCGGGAGUCGGAACUGCGUUUCAUGAUGGAUGAUAUUCAGCUAUGUAAGGACAUCAUGAACCUAAAGCAAGAGUUAAGGAAGAUUGUAGCUGUACCAGAGAAAGAAAAAACCAAGAAACACAGACAGAGAGAAGAGGAGCUAAUCCAGAAAAUCCACGGCCUGGUGCAGAAGAGGGAUUUCCUGGUGGAUGAUGCGGAGGUGGAGAGACUGAGGGAGCAAGAAGAAGAUAAAGAAAUGGCAGAAUUUUUGAGACAAAAGCUCAUACCCUUGGAAAAGCUCUCCAAAGUCACAACAAGUCCCCCCAAGCCGAAGAAGUCCGUUCCAGAGCCCCCGCCCAACAAGCCGUCAAUCACCAAAUCCAGCGCCGCUAUAAUCAAGGACUGCUGUGGAGCUACUCAGUGUACCAUCAUGUAA